GCGCUGGCGCCGCAGACCCCUCCCCUUCGCUUCCUUCCCUAGCGCCGACGCCCACCAGACGAGAUGGCCCCGAAGAAGGACAAGGCCCCGCCGCCGUCGUCGAAGCCGGCCAAGUCCGGUGGUGGCAAGCAAAAGAAGAAGAAGUGGAGCAAGGGAAAGCUAAAGGAGAAGGUAAACAACGCGGUGCUGUUCGACCAGGCUACCUACGACAAGCUGCUCUCGGAGGUGCCCAAGUACAAGCAAAUCACCCCUUCCAUCCUCUCCGAGCGUCUGAGGAUCAACGGCUCCCUUGCUCGGAGGGCCAUCAAGGACUUGAUGGCGCGUGGCCUCAUUCGGAUGGUCUCGGUCCACUCAAGCCAGCAGAUCUACACCAGGGCAACCAAUACAUAAGGAUGGGGAAGAGGUCUAAAAUGCAUUGUCUGCCCUCUCUGCAGGAGGAGCUCGUCUUUAGAACAGUUGCCAUCUUUGUCAAGAGUUGCCAAUGUUAUGUUACUGGUGAUGAGUUCCAGGUGACGGCAACAUUUUAGAGAUUUUGAGUAUUUCUAUUAGUUGGUACUAUGGUUUGCCAAUUAUAAGUUACUUGGCCUAAA